UUCAUCAUCAAAACAUUGAAAAACCUGAAAUUCUGUGGAAAAAUAAAAAAUUAGUAAGGAUAAAAGGUAAAAAUUUAGUAAAAAACGAUGGAAGUUGAUACAGUUGUCGACGCAAAUCAACCAAAAGUUCGAAAAUACUCGAAUUUGAGGAAAUUAUUGGAAACGACGGGUCCUUUUUGUCAUCCGGAGUUCCAAGCCGGCAGCGAAACGCUCGAAUUUCUUCAAGAAACAUGCAAAAUUCUCGUUAUCGGAGCAGGAGGUCUCGGAUGUGAACUGUUAAAGGACUUGGCGCUUAUGGGAUUUCGUGAUAUUCACGUAAUUGAUAUGGAUACAAUCGAGUUGUCGAAUCUCAAUAGGCAGUUUUUGUUCCGAAAAAAGGAUAUUGGGCAUUCGAAAGCCGAAUGUGCAGCGGAAUUCAUCAACAAUCGUGUCGCAGGAUGCAAAGUUACGCCUCAUUUUUGCAAAAUUCAGGACAAAGACGAAGCUUUUUAUCGAAAAUUUCACAUUGUUGUCAGCGGAUUGGACUCAAUUGUUGCUCGUCGAUGGAUAAAUGGCAUGUUGAUCUCGCUUUUGGAGUUUGACGAAGACGGAAAUUUGGAUCAGUCGACGUUAAUUCCCUUCAUUGAUGGCGGCACGGAAGGUUUUAAGGGAAAUGCUCGUGUAAUACUUCCCGGAGUCACUGCUUGCAUCGAUUGUACUUUGGAUCUUUUCCCGCCGCAAGUUACAUAUCCAUUAUGCACAAUUGCCAACACGCCGCGCCUUCCCGAACAUUGUGUCGAAUACGUCAAAGUCAUUCAAUGGGAAAAAGAGAACCCUUUUGGGAUUUCUUUGGAUGGCGAUGAUCCGCAACACGUCUCAUGGGUAUACGAAAAGGCACAAGAACGCGCCGAUUCCUUCAAUAUCACCGGAUUAUCGUAUCGUCUCGUGCAAGGUGUCUUGAAAAACAUCAUCCCGGCAGUUGCUUCGACAAAUGCCGUCAUUGCCGCAACUUGCGCGACGGAAGUUUUCAAAAUUGCCACUUCUUGUUAUCAAUCGCUGCAAAAUUACAUGGUUUUCAACGACUUAGAUGGGAUUUACACGUACACUUAUGAGGCGGAGCGCAAAGAGGAUUGUCUCGCAUGUAGUCAAGUGCCGAAAAAAGUCGAAGUAAAAGAUCCCGCGACAAUGACGCUGCAAGAUUUGAUAGACUUUUUGUGUGAUAGUGCGGAGUUUCAGAUGAAAAGUCCCGGAAUAACGGCGGUAAUUGAAGGAAAAAAUAAAACUUUGUACAUGAGCAGUGUCGCAAGCAUCGCAGAAAGGACAAAAGCGAAUUUAACGAUGUCGUUGGCAGAAUUGAAACUCUUGGAUGGACAAGAAUUGACUGUCGCGGAUAUUACGACGCCAAAUCCGAUUAACAUAAAGUUGAAAUAUGUGACUAAAUAGUAGGAAAAUAGUGAAAAUAUUGACUUGUUAACGUGUAGAUUACUUCUGAAGUUCUUUUUUGAGCCUUUGAGGCAUUCGAUAAAUAAAUUUUUUGACAAAUUU